GGUAAGAACCUUUAGCAUGUUUUCACUUUAAUACAUAUCCAUUGUCUUUCAUGAGCAAAAUCAUUGAAAUCAUGGAGAAUUUUACAUUUAGAAAUGACACAACCCCGGCUUGUAAAAAACAAUCUUGACAUUAGCGAUAGCUUUUCUCUAAUGGCCAGCAUCUCCAGACGAGAUCCAGCUCCACUCCAGCCUCUACUCAUCACCCCUCUGACAUUGGACAUCACAGGGCAUCACAUUAUCUCUUCCUGUUGUUCUAUCCCCUGCUGUUUGCCCCCUUCUCUCUGUGGGUGGUGCAAGCCAAACUAUCACUCUCUCUUUUAGUUAGCCUCCUUAAAGUUAGGCAGGGAUCCUCUGAAAAUCACCUCACCCUCCUUGUAUGACAGAUAAACAAAGUUUGUUUUUACUCAAUUUCUUGGUCUCCUUCCAGUGGAAUAAAGAGAAAUGGGAAGUGGCUGGAAAAGCAGAGCCACAGCCCCCUUGCCGGACGUACCUGCAUCCAGACUCUCCAGCCCCUGGGAGCCACUGGAUGAAACAGACCGUGUCCUUCCUCAAGCUCAAGCUUACCAACAACACCCUAGACCAACAUGGCCAUAUCAUUUUGCACUCCAUGCAUCGCUACCACCCGCGCUUCCACAUUGUCCAGGCAGACGACAUGUACAGUGUACGCUGGAGUGUAUUCCAGACCUUUACCUUCCCCGAGACCUCCUUCACCUCCGUCACUGCUUACCAGAACACUAAGAUAACCAAGCUGAAAAUCGACCACAACCCAUUUGCGAAAGGCUUUAGAGACGAAGGAACUAAUACGAAAAGGCGCGCUAACAGAAACCCAGCCUGCCCAGAGAAUAAAGCAAAGAAAAUGGAUUGUCUAAGCAGAGAGUCAGAUGAGGACAGUCCUCCUGACUUCCCCAGGUCAUCAUUUGAAGGAUAUGAAGGAGAGCAAGCAGAACUCCCCAAAACCAAAGAGGAGGAAGUGGUGAAAGAGGAACGCUACUCCCCCUGGGGGCCUGAGAGGGAGCAUGGCCACCACGUCCGGACAGAUUCACCCCCUGGACCUGACGCCAGAGAAAUGUACAAUGCAGAGCAGCUAGUACCAGCCCCAGCUUCAUACCAGCCUUACAGGUUCCAUGAAUACGGGAAGUCUCCAUCUCCCUCCUCCAGCGUAGGCAGCAGCAACGGGGGUUCUGGACGCGCCAGCUUUGAGUCCAGAGUCUCUGAUGUAGCCACAGUCCCAGAGCAUGAGGCCUCCAAGCCCUCUACCCAUGAGAUCGGACCAUCUUCCUGUGGCACCCAGCCCUCUGCAGGACAUCACCAGGACUACACAGGGGUGCUCAACAUGGCCCAGGCAGGCAAGCCAGGGGUCCUCAGCCACCACAUUUACACCCCUUACAGCACCGAGCAGACCCUGGGCCAGUGGAGCGGCCCCAGCCCCGUCCAGUACCCUCCCCCUCACCACCUGCCCUCUGACUACAGUACCCCGGCUGUGCACCACGGAUAUCACCAUGGCAAUGUGGCUGAGUGGAGCCAGUACCCACUCUUCUCUUACUCGUGCUGGUGAAAGCAUCUCCUCAGUUUCUCCCAAAAGAGAAGGACUGCAGUCUCACAAGUGACUCAGCGAGACCUCAUAAAUGCUACUAUGCCGUCAUACCUGUGUUUCUUCUGUCCCAAGUCCAACACCACACCUUGACUGCUGAUCCAGAGCUCACGGCCAUACUACAGCAUGCUGGGGCUGAAAGAGAAGGACCUGGGUCAGGAGAAAUGCCAACCAGCAGAGAGAAUAACGGAGUGGAACAGAGACAAUAUACUUCAGAAUGACUUACCAGAGUAGUGGUGUGGACUGGUUUGAUAUCACAACUGUCUUUAGGCCUAAGGCCUGAAAAUGUAUGCGUUCCUCCCAGUGAAAUGUAUGUUUAUUUCUGAAUUGUCUAUUUAUUUCGUGUUUGGAUUUAGUUUCUCCCUGGUAAAUAUUUUUGUAAAAAAUAAAAACAUUUUGUGUGUAAUAAAUUGCUUUACUGAUAUGUUAAUAUCAUCUGUAUGGAAUUAAAAAAAGGUUCUA